CCUUCCACCUGGAACUAUUCUCCCCUCCUUCCCAUCUGAUUCUCUCUCUAUCCAGCAGCCGGCCGCCGCACCGCACCGCCGCCUCUCUCCCCGUCCGCCUCUGUCUUCUUCUCCCCUCGUCUCCUCGCACGUCGCGGCCGCGGCCGCUCAGGUUACGUACAGGUGCCAAACCCCCCAAAUCAGAAGCAGUGAGCCGCCGCCGAUGCACGGAUGCAGGCAACAGACAAUUUCGGGGAACAGACAUCGGGGCCUGUUCCUGCAACCAAUUUCGAACAAGUUGUGAUGACCUAUCCGGACCGGGCCCUAGAGCCGAGCCACUCGGGAGCAGGGCUGCGCAUGGAAAAGAAACACGUCGGCAAACAAGCAAUCCCGGAAGGAGGUCUCCAGUCGAUUGGUGAAAUUAAUCAGGGACAUGCAUCAAAUGGUAUUGGCACAACUGUGCAAGGACUGUUGGCAGAUAUGUUGCAUAAACAAACCAACUCGGUGGACCCUACAGUGCAGCAAGCUGAAGAACAAGACCAAUUACACGAUGUCACAGAAGGGCAUGAAUUGUGUAGCAAUGAUACAAGCAGUGGAAGCGAUGCAGGUAGCAGCUCUGGGAGCGAGUUGGAUACUGAACUAGGAAAAUGCUUUUACCCUAGUAUCGAGGCAUUGGAGAAUUCAAGACCACCAGAAGUUGGAAUGAAAUUUCCUACCCUUGAAGAUGCAGAACGUUUCUAUAGCACACAUGCUAUGCUAACUGGUUUUGCAGCAAGGAGGGGAACUAAUUACAAGAGAAGGAAGUUUCACCUACUAUGCAACAGAAGUGGUAAAUUAAAGCCAACUCAGGACCUGCAGAGGAAGAGGAAGGUUAAUGUUUUGGGCUCACAGUGCCAAGCAAAGGUGAUAGUGAAGCUCCAUAAUGAGCAAUGGGAGUUCACAGGAGUUAAGCACGAGCACAACCAUCCAUUAUGUCCAUCCCCAUCGCUCACGAGUUUCUUUUUGGAUCAUAAAUACUUGUCAAGUGAAGAAAAGUUAUUUCUAAGAGUUCUGCAACAAAGUAGGGUAAAUCCAAGGAAAGCUAUGAAUAUUUUCCAGAGAAUGAGAAGCAACUUUGGAAAUGUAUCAUCAUCAAACGAGAAAGAUAUGAGCAAUUCACAGUGUGUAGACCAAUGGAGAAAAGAAAAUUCAGAUGUUGAAACCUCACUGAAGCGCUUCAAAGAACUGGAGCUGCGGAACCUAGGAUUUUCCUACACCAUGCAAAAAGAUGAAGAUAACAUAGUUAGGACUCUUUUCUGGACUGAUGCAAGGUCGAAAGUAGAUUAUGAGAUUUUUGGAGAUUUCAUAGCGUUUAGCACUACCUAUAGCACUAAUAGGCAUAAUAUGCCUUUCACCCCUAUCAUUGGAGUGAAUAAUCAUGGGCGAAUCCUUGUGUUUGGAUGUGCCUUGCUACAAGAUCAGAAAGCUGAAACCUUCAAAUGGAUGUUCCAGACUUUCUUGCAUGUGAUGAGAGGGAAACUGCCAAAAACAAUCAUAAUAGACCAGGAUGAAGGUAUGGUGAAAGCAAUUGCAGAGGUCAUGCCACAAGUAAGACACAGGCUUUGCAAGUUCAGCGUGAUGCGAAAAGCACAGGAAAUCCUAGGGGCCUUCAUGGCAGCAAGGGGCAACAUGAAUGCAGAGCUGCACAGCUUGGUAGACAACUCACUGACAGAAAAGGAAUUUGAAGAGGGAUGGGCUGUGCUCAUUGAGAGAUAUGAUGCAAGUGAAAACGAGUACCUCCGACUCAUGUGGAAAACAAGGAAAAACUGGGUGCCUGUUUAUUUCCAGGCAGAUUUCUACCCAUUCGUCGAGUCAGCUGAACAUGGUGAGGGGUCAAACUUAUUAUUCAAAGACAAUGUGCUUCCUAAGGACAGAAUCGAGAAGUUUAUCGAGCAAUAUGAGAGGAUACAAGAGGGCAUAGUAAAAACAGAGGAAGAGGAUACAUUGCAGUCAGCAACUGAACCAGCAUACUUCUCCAUGCAGCCAAUAGAAAAGCAUGCAGCGCGUAUAUACACAAGGCAAAUAUUUCUGAGAGUACAGAAAGAGCUAUACUAUUCUACAGCACUCAAUGCACAUGAGAUACAAGGUGGAGCAGCGUAUAGACUCGAAAAGGUCUUCGACUACGAGAACCCUGAGUUUGACAGAAACUCUUUUGAAGUGCUAGUUGAACCUGGCACCCACACAUUCAAGUGCCAAUGCGCAAAGUUUACCAGGGAUGGGAUUUUAUGCUGCCACAUAUUCAGAGUUUUCACACAGCUCGGAGUCAUCGAAAUACCAGCGCAGUACAUAGUGCCCAGAUGGGCCCGUGAAUUCAGAGAGGAACGGCUGAAAGAGUACGAGGAGAAAUGCUCGAAGAGAACAGAAGACAGAAAGAGAUGUGCGAUGCUAUUGGGUAAAAUGGCCGACAUCGGCAAGGGGGUAUGCGCGGACAGUGCGAAAAGCGGCUGCUUCAUGCUCGAACUGGACAAGGUUCAAGAAAAGUUGGUGGGUGCUGAUGAUCAGAUCGUAUUGUGGAGCAAAUGAGAGUUAGCGAGUUUGGUUGAUGUCUUUAUCCUGGGACGAAGUAGAAUAGUUAGCAUGUUCAGUUUAGCGUAUGAUAGAGGUAAGAUUCCAGGAAAAUGUAGGGUAGUCUUGUGUGAGACUCGGUAGUGAUGAGGACUGGAUACCUCUGAUCAUCCAACAUUUUUGCCUGCUAUGUGUUUUCUUCUGUUCCUCCUCUUAUAUGACAGCACAUUCUGUCGAGUUCAGGUCGUGUAUCCUGAUUGUGGCCAUUAUCGAGGAACUUGAUAAAAUGGCAUUCUUUUCUUUGGCGCU